GGAGGACUAGAGUGAGGAAGCACUCGACGACACUCGGCAUCAUCAUGGCACCUAUCGGAUUAAAGGCGGUGGUCGGAGAGAAUUCUCUUUGGGGUUCAGGUCAGGAGAGUUGGCAGGCCAAUUGAGCACAGUAAUGCCAUGCUUUUCAGCAGAUGGAAGCAUGAGGUGCUCCAAAAUCUCCUGACAGCUAGCUGCAUGGACCCUGCCCUUGAUAAAACACAGUAGACCAACACCAGCAGCUGACAUGGAACCCCAGACCAUAUAACACCACUUACCACUUACCACUGACUGUGGGUACUUCACACUGGACUCCAGAAAUUAUGAAUGAUGUCAUCAAGAAGGUGAAAAAGAAGGGAGAAUGGAAGGCGCUGAUUGUGGACCAACUCAGCAUGAGGAUGUUGUCCUCUUGCUGCAAGAUGACAGACAUCAUGACGGAAGGCAUAACCAUUGUGGAGGACAUCAACAAGCGGCGAGAGCCUCUUCCCAGCCUAGAGGCCAUUUUUCUGAUCACACCUACAGAAAAGUCGGUCCAUACCCUCAUUGGAGACUUCAAAGACCCUCAUUCAGCGAAAUACAAAGCAGCCCAUGUUUUCUUCACCGACUCCUGCCCCGAUCCUUUGUUCAAUGAGCUGGUGAAGAGCCGUGCUUCCAAAACCAUCAAGACACUGACAGAGAUCAACAUCGCCUUCUUGCCAUAUGAGUCUCAGGUGUACUCUCUGGACAAUGCUGAUGCCUUCCACAGUUUCUACAGCCCCCAUAAGACCCAAUUGAAGAACCCUGUAAUGGAGAGGCUGGCUGAGCAACUGGCCACACUGUGUGCCACGCUUAAGGAGUACCCUGCCGUCAGAUACCGAGGGGACUACAAAGACAAUGCGACCCUGGCUCAGCUGGUUCAAGAUAAACUGGAUGCCUACAAGGCUGAUGACCCUACCAUGGGAGAGGGUCCAGAUAAGGCUCGUUCACAGUUGAUCAUCUUGGACAGGGCCUUUGACCCUGUCUCACCUGUGCUGCAUGAGCUCACCUUCCAGGCUAUGGGCUAUGACUUGCUGCCCAUUGAAAACGACGUUUACAAGUAUGACACUAGUGGCAUGGGAGACUCUCGUGAGAAAGAGGUUCUUCUGCAUGAAGACGAUGACCUGUGGGUCAGCCUGAGACACAAACACAUUGCAGAGGUGUCCCAGGAAGUGACACGUCAGCUGAAGGAGUUUUCUUCCAGCAAGAGAAUGAACACUGGAGAAAAGACCACAAUGAGGGAUCUGUCCCAGAUGUUGAAGAAAAUGCCUCAGUAUCAGAAGGAGCUAAGCAAGUACUCCACUCACCUGCAGCUUGCUGAAGACUGCAUGAAGCAUUACCAGGGGACAGUAGACAAGCUGUGCCGUGUGGAACAGGACCUUGCGAUGGGCACAGAUGCUGAGGGGGAAAAAAUUAAAGAUCCCAUGAGGGCUAUCGUACCCAUUCUGCUGGAUGCCAAUGUCAGCACAUACGACAAAAUCCGCAUCAUCCUGCUCUACAUCUUCCUCAAGAAUGGCAUAACGGAGGAGAACCUGAACAAGCUCAUCCAGCAUGCUCAGAUCCCCCCUGAAGACAGUGAGAUAAUCACCAACAUGGCUCAUCUGGGAGUCCCCAUUGUCACAGACUCAACCCUCCGCAGAGGCAAGAAAUUGGACAGAAAGGAGAGAGUGAGCGAGCAGACCUACCAACUGUCCCGCUGGACACCACUGGUUAAAGACAUCAUGGAGGAUGCCAUUGAUGAUAAGCUAGACACCAAGCACUACCCCUACAUCUCUACUCGCUCUUCUGCCUCUUUCAGUACCACUGCUGUCAGUGCUCGGUAUGGACACUGGCACAAGAACAAGACACCCGGAGAAUACCGCACCGGCCCUCGUGUCAUGGUCUUCAUCAUUGGGGGAGUGUCCUUCAGCGAGAUGCGCUGCGCCUAUGAGGUCACACAGGCCAAUGGGAAGUGGGAAGCCAUCAUUGGUUCCACCCACAUGCUCACCCCCACCAAAUUCUUAUCGGACCUGCAGCACCCCGACUUCCGAGAGUCCACUAGGGUGUCCUUUGAGGACGCAGACGCCUCAGACGAGUGAGGCAGAGACAGAUUGGGAGGGAGGGAGAGAGAAUUCACACAGAAAAAAGAUCGACCAACAUCUUUACCCCCACCAGCCUGCUUGAGCAGCUCAAGUCCAUGAACAAACCAGAUGAAGAAGUGACAAGUUAAAAAUCCCCUUAAUGCAAUCUCUCUCCUCCUCACUUCCCCUUUAUGUCAACCAUUCCUUUGUGUAUGCAUCUUGCUCGAGAGUAAUAAAAAAAGACAUCUCAGAUGAAGAAACUAUAUGUUAAAAGAAUAAAACAACUGUAAAAAGCAACUGUUUUGCAACAGAUCCAAUCGUUCGCUGCAAUUGAAAUGUCCAAUCCACUUUAACUGGAAGGCUGGCAGUGAAUGAUCACGUUUCAGGGCCGUUGACGGCGCAAGACGUCCGAUCCAUUUAACCUGGGAUGGUCAAAAUGGAUGGAACGACAGUAGCCAUCAACGGCAAUCCAAUUAGUUCAAAUGGAAUACAGGUAGUGCCCGGGUUACGAACGAGUUCUGUUCCCACGCUGCCGACUUAACCCCAAUAUCGCGUAAAUCGAAAUUAACCCUUUAGGUACUCCUAAAUAAACCCCAAAUCUCAAAAUAACUAUCCAAACAUGUAUUAUACGUCAUUGUCCUCGCCAAGACGUUAGAGCUCAGUCCUAGCUAGACAGCGAGCUAAGCUACGAAAUGACGAUGUCAGACGUCCGUGUGGUUUGCUGACUUAAUUCAGCUGCUCAUGAUAUCGACACUUGCAGAUUGAAACUAAAAUAAAAAUUAUAUCAAAUCAGUUUCAUCUUCAAUCACAACAAAUCAAGUUUGCGUUUUAGAACUAGCUGCCGAUACAGCAAUAACAAUCCACACAAACGAUUAGCAUGUAUCAGUUAGCGCCCGCACAUUAUCAACAAAUAUCACAUGAACUUGCCCAAGUAUUUGAACACAAUUGAAAAUGCACACUAAACAGUACAAAAGGUCUUAUUUACAGGUGUUGCCUCUGUGGAUGCAUCACAAGCAAUAAAUGUAAGCGCAGGCUUGCAGUUGUAAUCUAUCCUCACUCUCUCUCUCUCGGCUGCGCGGCUUCUUCGUGUGCGCAAAUACGUUCUCCGUGUUGAAGGAAUCUGACUUUUCAGGAAGAUUGCCAGAAUCAUGCCAGCUGAAUCGCCAGAACCGCGCUAGUGUAAUUCCAACGACCCGGGCCGGCGGAAUCCCGACGACCCGGGCUGGCGGAAGUCCAACAACCCGGCCAAAAGGCAAAACUCCACGCAUUCACCUUAGUUUUAAACCCCUAUUUUGAAAGCUGGAAAAAGGCUUGAAAAAACAAGUUGAAAAUUUAUUCAGGUCGACAGCAAUCAAACUGCAAGGCAAAACAGCAAAGAGACCCAGGCAAGGAGGCAAACUGGAUCCAGGGUCACAAUAUCACAAGUCAACAAAAGAUUCCCGAGAAAAUGCUUCCUGCACCAAAAUAAAAGCAUGCAUCACAAAACAAAAGUCAACAUUACUUAAAAAACACAAACGACUGGAGACAAAAUGGCGUACAAAACUCCGGUGCCGUAAAGUCAACAUCACGUAAGUCGUGUGCGUUGUAACCCGGGGACUACCUGUAUACCAAAAUGUAAGUGUAUUGUAUGCUACAAAACCUGCUAGAGUACAUCAAAGGUAGAUCUAUCCUUAUCGGUUGCCCCGGGUCACCUGCUUUGUCAGUGUCGUGAAAGCGGGUGGAGGAGGGAUGUUCCGUUUGAGAGGUUGUAAAAUAUAGCAUAUCAACCAACAUGCAAUAUAUAUAUAAAUAUAUAUAUAUAUAUAAAUAUAUCGAACCGAAGAGGAGUCGCCCCUGUUGCCCAUUUCAGAUGUUUGUAUCAAGUAGCAUGCUUGGAUUUGUCCGGACUGUUAACUGUGUUUGUAUCCCGUGUGGACGUUUUUGGGAGCUAGCUUUUUUCCUUCUAAGAUGUUGUGUUUGGGAUACUCUACUGAAAGACCCUUUCCACUUUCAGAA